AUGCCCGGCGACAGGGAGGACGAGAUCUGCCAGAAAGCGCUGCAGCUGCUGGCCGAGCUGUGCUCCGUCGGGGCGGUGGAGAACGAGAACUGCCGGGAUUUCAUCUACUACCUGCGGGACAGAGCCCGGCCCCGCCUCACCGACUCAGAUAUCUCAGUAAGCUUGCUCUCCUUAGUUGUCACAGCCUGUGGUCUUGCUCUCUUUGGUGUGUCCCUGUUCGUGUCCUGGAAGCUUUGUUGGAUCCCUUGGCGAGAGCGUGGCCUGCCAUUUGGGAACAAAGACAACAAACAGGAAUCCCUGAACUACACAGAUACAGAGACCAAUGACCAUGAAUACAGUGAAGAUUUUCUGGGUCAGCCGACAACCUAUCCAGAGUCCUCCAUGAAGAUCAGCCACACCUCCCCUGAUAUUCCGUUAGAUGCUCAAACUGGAACAAAGGAGAACUGCGUACACAAUGCGCGAAUGCAUCGUCAGAUCACUGAACCAACCUCUUCUGCUCGGCAUAAUUCAAUCCGGAGACAGCUCAACCUUUCCAACCCCGACUUCAACAUCCAGCAGGUUCAGAAACAGGAGCAACUGACAGGAAUUGGCCGCAUUAAGCCAGAGCUAUAUAAACAAAGAUCAGUGGACACAGAUGAUGGCCGGAGGAGUAAUAGCAAGGCAUGUGGAAAACUGAACUUUAUUCUGAAAUAUGACUGUGAUUUAGAGCAGCUGAUAGUGAAGAUACACAAGGCCAUCAACCUGCCAGCAAAGGACUUCUCUGGAACUUCGGAUCCAUAUGUGAAGAUAUAUCUGCUUCCUGACAGGAAAACAAAACACCAGACUAAAGUGCAUAGAAAAACCCUAAAUCCAGUAUUUGAUGAAGUUUUUUUAUUUACUGUCCCAUACAAUGAUCUGAAUGCACGGAAACUCCAUUUCUCAGUGUAUGACUUUGACAGAUUCUCCAGGCAUGACUUGAUUGGCCAAGUGAUAGUGGAUAAUUUUUUAGAUUUGGCAGAUUUUCCCAGGGAAUGUAAUAUUUGGAAGGAUAUUGAAUAUGUCACCAAUGAUAACGUUGAUCUUGGUGACCUGAUGUUUUCACUCUGCUACCUUCCAACAGCUGGUAGACUAACUAUUACAAUAAUAAAGGCAAGAAAUUUAAAGGCAAUGGAUAUCACAGGAGCAUCAGAUCCCUACGUGAAGGUUUCUUUAAUGUGUGAAGGAAGGCGACUAAAGAAAAGAAAAACUUCCACCAAGAGGAAUACCCUUAAUCCCGUUUACAAUGAAGCCAUAGUCUUUGACGUCCCUCCAGAAAACAUUGACCAAAUUAACUUGUCGAUAGCUGUUAUGGAUUAUGACCGUGUAGGUCACAAUGAGGUCAUUGGAGUAUGCCAAGUAGGCAACGAUGCAGAAAGUCUAGGUCGUGACCACUGGAAUGAAAUGCUCUCAUACCCACGGAAACCCAUUGCUCACUGGCAUCCUCUCGCAGAGGGCCCUAUUCAGCAGAAAUGUUAUGCAGGUCUUCUGCGCUUGGAUGACUGCCGAAGAGGCUUCCUCACCCUUUUAACCUAUUCAGCAGAAAUUUGGCAUUCCUGUUGA